CUCGUGCUUUUGGGUAGUCAUUGUUUAUUUGUGUGUCUGGUUUUUUUGUUUUUAUCUUACACAGGCAUUUUUCCUUUAUGUCCUGCUGGCGAAAUAUUUGCAAAAUCAGGGAAUUGUCUGGCCCCAAGUCUUCAGUGGCAUCGUGGGCAACUGCAUCAAUGGCUUGGCCAACUACAUCCUGGUUUCCAUGCUGAGCCUGGGGGUCAGGGGCUCUGCUUACGCCAGCACUAUGUCUUACUUCGUGCAAACCAUCUUCCUCUUUCUCUACAUUGUGCUGAAGAAGCUGCACCUGGAGACGUGGGCAGGCUGGUCCAGCCAGUGCCUGCAGGACUGGGGCCCCUUCUUCUCUCUGGCCGUCCCCAGCAUGCUCAUGAUAUGCAUUGAGUGGUGGGCCUACGAGAUCGGGAGCUUCCUCAUGGGCCUGAUCAGCGUGCUGGACCUCUCCGGCCAGGCGAUCCUCUACGAGUUGGCCACGAUAGUCUACAUGAUUCCCCUGGGGCUCAGCAACGCAGUCUGCGUCCGGGUGGGGAUGGCCCUGGGAGCGGCAGACACUGCCCAAGCUAAGCGGUCGGCCAUCUCAGGCAUGCUCUGCACAGUUGGUACCUCGCUGGUUGUGGGCAUGCUGUUGAGCCUCCUGAAAAACAAACUGGGGCAUAUUUUUACUAAUGAUGAAGAAGUCAUUGCCCUGGUGAACAAGGUCCUGCCGAUUUAUAUCGUCUUUCAGCUCUUUGAGGCCGUCUGUCCAAAAGAUGAAUGCAGAUUAGCAAAAAACGGAAAGAUUGCAUCAGCAUAAACUCCCGCACCCCGUUACCCGAGCAAAGGGACCUGCGAGGGAGGGAGUCACCCCAGAGUCCAGAGGGACCGGAGUUUUCUGCAUCUCUGACCCCUACAAGACAGGUCCCAUUUAGUGCAGAUCUGAACGAUGUGAAUUUUAAA